CCCAUAGAAACCUAUUAUGUAUUAUUAUUAGUAGGCUAAUGAAAAGUAUAAAUAGAAGGUUUCACUAACGACAUGAAUUGGAAACAAUUCACAACUCUUUCACUUGGUAUAGCGGUUAAACGACUUUCAUAUCGUCGUAAAACCCUACUUAUCUAGGUCAUCUCUAUGCGAUUGAGGCCCUCUGUAUGGCGUCCGCGUCUGUUGAGCUGAUUCCUGACGCCCAACGUGUAGUUCUAGGCUAAAGGAAGCGUUUUUGAGCAGAGCAGUCGCGAUAGCAGACAAAAAUGAAGCGUCCUGUUUGCCAUUGAAUGACGAAACAACUUGGUCUAUACAGUCGACAGAAUAGCUAGGGAAGGAAAAACUUUUGAAAAAGACAAACAAACCAAAAACAGAAGAAGAAAAAAAAAACUGAAUUGAGAGAAAGCUUUGUUAUGUAGUUUGGUAUUGGGAGGCUCCUUGGAUGUUGGAGAAAAUUCUAGGGAAAAAGGCGACGGUUUCAUCAAGUAUUUAUCCAGUGUUCUUCCAACCUCCGGAGAAUUUGAAUCGCUAAUAAUUGGUAGACCUCAGUUUGGAUUGAGAUUUGCGUGGCCGAAAUGCGUCAAUUGUUUCUUUGGGUUUUGUUCUGCUUUGCCGUCCCCUUGACAUCGGCAGGAGUCUUCAAAGUCCAUUCGCGCAUCUCGAACCCGAUCACGUCGCUGUUCGCCAAUGUGAAGAACAGCGCCAACAAAACGCUAAACAAAAAUAUGGGAAACGUGGUCGAUUACGUGGGUUACUUUAGUGCCACCGACGACUACAAACCUUAUUACAACCCGGAAGUCGUGCAGUCGUUUGCUCACACUCUAUCUACGCCGGGUUACGUUGGGAGCUCAUCCAUUCCCAUUGCUCCGCCAAAAAAGGGAACUUAUCAGUACGAUACGUGCGGGAGCACCAUCGUUGUCCCCUUGACUUAUAACCGAAAGGUCCUGGCAGAGCAAACGAUCAAACCCACUCACAAGUCGACUGAUUUUCCGGCCGGACGCACCUAUCCCUUGGUCUGCAAUUGGAAUGUUCAGGCGACUAAGAACUGCAGUCGUGCCCGUAUCACGUUGAGAGUGGACGGACGCAGUCGAUUGCCGGAUGAAGAAGGAUGCUCCAAAGGAUACAUUCGUGUUUCCCCCUUCAUGAAGGAAGCCAAGAUUUGCGGUCGCAUCAAUUACAUUCAGCCCUACUACUGGUACGUUGAAGAUUCCAAACCCGAAGUUGUCACCAUCACGAUGAAGAAUAUCGGACUGAACGACGGCUUUGCCGAGGGAUUUUCAUUUACUCUCUCAGGUGAAUGUCUGCCGAUUGAAAUUGGCAUUAAAAAGUUUGACAUCGGCAAGGAAAACAGCGGGGCCAAUGGUCGGUGGAUGUAUCGAAUGUUAUCCGACUCUGCUCUAUCGGGCGUUCCUACGGUGGUCAUUCCGGGCGUCGUAGCGGCCACAGGUAACAGUCCUUUGCCGACCCAAACUGCAGCAAACGCUGAAUCUGCCAAGCCACUGCCAGUUGACACGGGCAAUAGCGAUGCUGAGAUGCUCAUGCUCAUUCAAAAGGAUAAGGAACGCAACCAGACCACGUCGACGACAUCGACCACUGUCGAAACAACACUACCUCCCAAAAAAACAACAACCUCGACCACAUCGACCACCACUACUGUAACCACCAAGCGCCCCAUUCCUGAUUUCGAUCUGGAGACUCCUUGGGACGUCCUCAAGCCUCUCCAACCUCCCAACCAAUCCUCAUCAGGAUCUCCUUCGACGAGUACAACACCUACCCCCAGACCUCUGCCCUUGCCGUUCGACAACAACCCCAAACCUCAUCCCAUUCUCAACAUCAAGUUCCCUAAUCGAAUCCAUUCAACGUCGUCGUCAGCGACAACUUUGCCAAUGAGCAGCAACACGAAACCCCCGACUAAACCGCCGAAACCUUCCGUUUUUGACUUGGAGACUCCUUGGGACGAACUGAAAAUCCAUUCCAUGCCCUCGACUGAAUCUCCUCCACCGUCUACCGUUACCGUUGCCCCGACAAGUUUAUCUCCCAUUUCAGCAACGACCAGUCACAGUAAACCAUUAACGACUCAGGAAGUCGUCAUCCUCAAGUACAACCAUCGCAACCAAUCGGUGGCGACUUACCAGCCCAAUGCGCAACCUUCGACUCCCGACCUCGAUCCUCCUACGAGCAGCACUCCCGCCUAUCUGCCCGUCGUCAGCGAUUAUUACGAGACUCCCGCCAUCCUCCCCAGCCCUGAAACGUACCUGUCGGAAACUGCUGUCGUUGAUGGACAAGAUUUCAAUUCUGUCACCAUUGAAAACCCAGAUUUAGCCAAUUUCCCUGUCGAUGAGGUUUUCGACGAUGCUUUGUCUUACAUCACGACGCUGCUGGACAAACCACUGCUACAAAAAUCGUUGCCCAAGAAGCCCAUCCGGCAACAAAUCCAUCCGCCGAAUCGGCUAGUAUUUAAAGACUUUAACGAAUUCCCAUCAUUCUUUUAAAUCCCGUUUUAUAUGAAAGGCAAUUUUCUAAUAUUAUUGAAACUAACUUUAUACCGUUAUUUAGUUAUCAUCUUGUUUGACUCAUCUCGUUAAGUUUUCGCCUAUUUAUUUUGGAACAUUGAAGGAAUAUCGCACUUUGCUGGCAUUCUAAGGGCCUUCCUAUUUUGUAGUUUCAAUGAAGACCAAUAAAUUGGAAAAAGUUUAACCGUA